AUGGCUAGCCUCGAAACACACGAAGUCCUCGCUCUGAUUAGAGCCACGAUCUCGACCCUCGAAAACUCUUAUGAUGUCUACAGCGACAUUUUUGAUGCCGACAGUCUCCCGUCGGCAUUCCAGUUGGUAGCCCAACAUAUACAGGUUGUUUGUGAGGCACUCAAAGCCGCAAAUAAACAGGUGCGGGCGAUGAAGGACGAAGAAAUGUGCAAAGAAAUCAAGUUCACCGCAGCAGGGUGUGUGGAGAAAGCCAGGCUGUUGGAGACACUGUUCCUUAGGGUGGUCCUCGCGCCCGCCGCCGAAAGAAUGGGACGUUAUCAGCAGGCGGUUCAGGAGACGGGAAAAGGAGACCGCGUGGAAACCCUCAUGAAAGGCAUCAUGGAAGAUACAAAGCUCUUGUUGACUGUAAAGGAAGAGAUGACAUCAGCGACUGAACCUCAGCUUGAGCUUCUGCUCGAGUCUAUCAAGGAGGUAUCGACGAUCCCUCCAUCGCUAUCAGUUGAGGGCCAGACCUCCGGUUUUAACAACUUCGGGUCGGGCACUCAGAAUAUCAACACUGGCAGUGGCUCCCAGAACAACAACAAUAGCACCGGGCAGCAGUUUAUCGGCGGAACGUUUGGGUGCUUCAACCCCUUGCGCUCGAAAUAG